AUGAGUAUUUUGAGCCCAGUCACGGAUAAUAAAUCAAACCUUGUGGGAGUCGUGGGAGGCCCAGAAGAAUUCCAUAGAGGCAUGCAGUCGGAAGAGUUAUUUAGCAGGAAACUCAAAUCCCUCAAUGGUAGUAUGGGACCACCAGGCGUCAACAUGCAGGGCAAGCACGAAGGUCCUGGCAAAACAAAUGGUGCUCCAGCCAUGCCUAAAAUGGGUGUUAGGGCCAGGGUAACAGAAUGGCCACCAAGGAAAGAUGGAUGGGAUGGACGGCCAUCACAAAACUAUCAGAGUGUGAUACCAAUGUUUCAGAACGGCCAGCAGGACCAUACAGUGGAAUUGAUUCCCCAAGAAGAGCCAGUCUGUUUGGAGGUAGACUUCUCUGAUGCAAAGUAUGCAUUGAGUGACCUCCUUAGCCACUCACCAUUGAAAGGUCUUCACCCUAUCCGUCAACGCAGCAAUAGUGACGUCACAAUCAGCGAUAUUGACUCUGAAGACGUUGUAGACCAGACAGCAGUCAAUCCAAACACCGGGGCCUCUUUACAUCGGGAAUAUGGAAGUACAUCCUCCAUUGACCGACAAGGUUUAGGUGGAGAUGGCUUUUUUACCAUGCUUAAGGGCUACAGAGUAGACACAUUGGACCACCGUAGUGUACCACCCCAAGGUUUUCCUGAGUUGUUGCGUUGUGAUACCUCUCUCUCACCCAGUUUACAGACAGCAGCCCAAAUCGCUAGGGGGGAGUUUGUCACAAUUCCAGGCUACGACUACGUAGACAGCUCUCUCUUCUACAGCAGGGAACGGGAGAAAUCCUUCAUGAGGCGUCUCAAAUCAGAGUCAUCUGAAACAUCUUUGUUCCGGAAAUUACGAACAAUUAAGAGCGAGAGUGAUGCUUUGAGACUCUCUCUUGAGGAUGAUCGACGACCGCUGAGUUUUCAAAAAUGCUUUGCCCACUAUGAUGUUCAGAGUGUUCUUUUUAACAUCAGUGAAGCUGUGGCAAGCAGAGCUAAUCUGAGUCAGAGGAAGAACACCACUACUGGGGCUUCUGCUGCUUCCGCUGGGGGAUUGUCCGGUGUUGGAGCUACUGCUCUACUGGGAUCAGGACCAGAUGCUGGAGCAUUAGGAUGUAGUAGCGGGAAUUCUGUCUUCUUUGAGUCACCACUAGGCAGCAGAGAAGAUUUAAACCCAAAGGAGAACUUGGAUGCUGAUGAGGGAGACGGAAAGAGCAAUAGUCUCGUGUUGGGCUGCCCGCACUUUCGUAACGAGAUCGGCGGUGAGGGCGAGAGAAAAAUUUCACUUUCCAGAUCUAACAGUGCCAACUACAGUGGAUUGUCAGAGAGCUGCUCCUUUGAAUCUUCACUAAGCUCCCACUGCACCAAUGCAGGCGUGUCUGUCCUUGAGGUCCCUCGAGAAAACCAGCCCAUCCAUAGGGAGAAGGUCAAACGCUAUAUCAUUGAGCACAUUGACCUUGGUGCUUACUACUAUCACAAGUUCUUCUAUGGAAAGGAGCAUCAAAACUAUUUUGGUGUGGACGACCAUCUGGGACCUGUGGCAGUCAGCAUCCGUAGGGAGCGAUUGGAUGAUGGAAAGGAGAAAGAUGGCAUGCAGUACAACUAUCGAGUCACCUUCAGAACCAGUCAGCUAACCACCCUCCGAGGAGCCAUAUUGGAAGAUGCAAUACCAUCCACAGCAAGACAUGGGACAGCCCGUGGAUUGCCUCUAAAGGAAGUACUUGAAUAUGUAAUCCCGGAGCUCAAUAUUCAAUGUUUGAGGCUGGCAAUAAACUCCCCCAAAGUUUCCGAACAACUCCUGAAGUUGGAUGAACAAGGGUUAAGUUUCCAGCACAAGGUUGGUGUGCUUUAUUGUAAAGCGGGCCAGAGCACCGAAGAAGAGAUGUACAAUAACGAGAGUGCUGGACCAGCGCUAGAGGAGUUCUUGGAUCUGCUGGGACAGAGAGUUCGCCUCAAAGGUUUCACUAAGUACAGAGCACAGCUUGAUAACAAAACCGAUUCCACAGGUACACAUUCGCUCUACACUACCUAUAAGGACUACGAGCUGAUGUUUCACGUAUCCACCAUGCUCCCUUACACACCGAACAACCGACAACAGCUUUUAAGGAAAAGGCACAUUGGCAAUGACAUCGUCACCAUAGUGUUUCAGGAGCCCGGGGCCCUUCCUUUUACUCCAAAGAGCAUCCGCUCUCAUUUCCAGCAUGUGUUUGUCAUCGUCAAAGUCCACAAUCCUUGCACUGAUAAUGUCUGCUACAGUGUGGCUGUGUCCAGGUCAAAAGACGUGCCUCCAUUCGGGCCUCCGAUUCCAAAGUCUGUGACCUUCCCAAAGUCUGCGGUUUUUAGGGACUUUCUGCUUGCCAAAGUCAUAAAUGGAGAAAAUGCAGCACAUAAGUCAGAAAAGUUCCGAGCCAUGGCGACACGAACACGGCAGGAGUACCUAAAGGACCUGGCGGAAAACUUUGUUAGCACUGCUACGAUUGACUCUGCUGUCAAAUUCAGUUUCAUUAACCUCGGGGCAAAGAAGAAGGAGAAAGUGAAACCCAGGAAGGAUGCACAUGUGUUCAGUGUUGGAGCCAUCACUUGGAGUGUUCGGGCCCGGGACUUUGGCCAGUCGAUGGAUGUGGACUGCUUGCUCGGCAUUUCCAAUGAGUUCAUUGUGCUCAUUGAGGAGGAAUCGAAAAAUGUAGUUUUCAACUGUUCUUGCCGCGAUGUCAUUGGAUGGACCUCAGGGAUUAUGAGUAUCAGGAUCUUCUAUGAGCGUGGGGAAUGUAUCAUGUUGUCUGCUCAUGACAACUGUGGAGAAGACAUUCGGGAGAUGGUGCAAAGAUUGGAGAUCACGACAAGAGGCUGUGAAACAAUAGAGAUGACUUUACGGCGCAACGGCCUGGGCCAACUCGGUUUCCACGUAAACUUUGAAGGAAUCGUGGCCGAUGUUGAACCCUUUGGCUUUGCUUGGAAGGCAGGCUUGAGACAGGGUAGCCGACUGGUGGAGAUCUGCAAGGUGGCUGUGGCUACACUCACCCAUGAACAGAUGAUUGACUUGCUACGUACCUCCGUUGCUGUUAAAGUGGUUAUUAUCCAACCAUAUGAAGAUGGGACACCGCGAAGGGGCUGCUCUGAGCUAUAUCGCAUUCCGAUGGUGGAGUACAAAGUUGACAGUGAGGGUACACCAUGCGAGUACAAAACACCCUUCAGAAGGAACACCACUUGGCAUCGGGUCCCUACGGCUGCUGGAGCUCCUUUGUCCAGAGGGUCACCUACCCAAGGUCCUGAUCGCCUCCAGUGCCAGCAGAUCCUGCAGCAACAUCAGGCUGCCAUCCCACGAAGCACAUCCUUUGAUAGAAAGUUACCAGAGGGAUCCAGGAUGAUGCAGGAUCUGGAGAAUCCCCAAGUUACAUCCUGUAACAAGGGAGACCACCACUACCGCAGCUCUCCCAGUAAUCAGUCCUCCUCCAGCGACCCAGGACCAUGUGGCAGCAGCUCCUGGUCCCAGCAACCUGGAUAUGAUGGAUGUCCCUCUCCUAUUCUUCAUGAACAUGCAGGAGACAUUCAAGGGGGCGAUGGAGACAUCCAUAGAGAAAGAGAACCCACUCUGGAGAGGACUAGGUCGGCAGAGGCCAAAUGGCACAUACCCUCUACUAAGAUUCUGAAUCCUCUGAAACAGCGAGAAGGAAGCAAAGACUGCCCUAACAAGCUUUCAAGGAUGGGUGAUAAAAACUCGAGCCACUCAAGUAGCAACACUCUUUCAAGCAACGCCUCAAGCAACAGCGAUGAUAAGCAUUUUGGCUCAGGAGACUUGAUGGACCCUGAGAUGUUGGGGCUCACAUACAUCAAAGGGGCCUCCACGGACAGUGGCAUCGACACCAAUCCCUGCAUGGUGCCUGGGGCUCGAGUGUUGAUACAGAGCAGGCUGGGGGAGCAAGGACACCCAUGGGUGUCAGAACAUCAUGAAGACGGGGCAUCUGAAGAGGAACACGGAAAACAGUACCUGACACAGGGUUAUGCUUCGGUCUUAUUGGCGAGUAAUGUGACAGAAGGAAGCAUCGGAGACCUGAGCGAGAUCUCUUCACACUCAAGUGGCUCACAUCACUCUGGCAGUCCAUUGGCGCGUGGGGCCAGAUAUUGCAUGUCUGCCGACUCCUCCAAGGUAUACACCAUCCCUCAAAGCAGCAGCUCAGGUGCUGAGCCUGGGCCAGGUCCCGAUUGCGACCUGGAACCCAGCUCAGAGGCUUGUGGACAGACACGUACACAGCCAGAUGGCAAUCUCCCAGUGAAGACAACUGCUAAUGAGGGUGAUGAUGAUGCUCACAGCAUUGAGGAACCUCCCAACAUUUCAGAGUGUGGAGGAGCUGAGAGCUUGUUAGCACUCCUUCUCAAAAUGCUGUCUGAGCGUGCAAGGCAGCUGUAUGCACAGGAGGCCGCCUGCCGCCUCCAGGCAGCCGAGCGGGAUGGAAAAUCAUUACAAAGACUUUCAAAGGAGGAAUACCUGAAAAUGAUGCUGCCCGACAGUCCAACAGGUGAAGGCAGGGGUCAAAAGCUGUCCGUGACGGCAAGUCUUUCGCCACGACAUUCCCUGUACCGGACGUUAUCGGACGAGAGUGUAUGUAGCAACCGCAAGGGCUCGUCCUACGCCAGCUCUCACAGCUCAAUGCUGGACCAAGCCAUGCCUAACGACAUCCUAUUCAGCACUACACCACCUUACCACUGCACGCUGCCUCCUCGCAUGAUCCACAACCAGCCGCAGUCAAAUCUGAGGAAUGAGUUUUGGUUCUCUGAUGGCUUCUUGGCAGACAGGUCAAAGUUCAGCGACCCAGGCCUCAUGCCCCUCCCAGACACUGCCACAGGCCUGGACUGGUCUCACCUGGUUGACGCAGCAAGAGCCUUUGAAGAUCAGCGUGUGGCAUCUUUCUGCACCAUGACAGACAUGCAGCGGGCAGAAGCACUGGAACUAUCAAGAGAGUUAACCAGGCGGGUUGUGGAAGCAGAAGGGGCGGCACUGGACACAGAUUCCCCAUCUACACUCACUGGCAAAGUGAACCAGCUGGAGGUGAUACUCAGGCAACUGCAGCACGACCUUCGAAAGGAGAAGGAGGACAAGGCGAUGCUGCAGGAGGAAGUACAGCACCUAAGGCAGGACAACAUGAGGCUACAGGAGGAGAGCCAAACUGCGUCGGCUCAGCUCAGGAAGUUCACCGAGUGGUUCUUUCACAGCAUCGACAAGAAGCCCUGA